AAUAAAAGGUUUGUGAGCUCGGUUAUCUAACCAGUUGCGAGAGUUAUUCAUGGAUUGAACAAUCCAGUAGUACACAACAAGUAUAAUCCUCUUACUGAUCUCCAGAUCUCAUCAAUGGUGUACAAGGCGCCUCCACCGCCAUCGCCAACCUCAAUCACCAAUCCUUCAUCACCAACCACCACAUCCCAACAACAAUUCUCCAUCAAAUUUGGAACUCCAGAAGCUCUAUCUCAACUCCACAACCUCACCGAUGUCGGUACAAUCACUCGCCUACUUCAUGAAUGCAUCGCUUACCAACGUUCUCUUGACUUCGAUCUUGAAUCUCUCCUCUCUCAACGUUCUUCUCUCGAUAAUCAUCUCUCUUCUCUCCUCAAAUCUGCUGAAAUCCUUUCAAUCGUUCAAUCUGAUGCCGAUCACAUCCUCUCUUCCGUUCGAUCGACUUCUGUCCUCGCUGAAAAUGUUUCUGCUAAAGUACGUGAACUUGACCUAGCUCAAUCGCGUGUUUCUUCUACUCUUCUUCGCCUUGAUGCCAUUUCUCAGAAAUCUGCUUGUAUUGAUUCUGUGAAAAUGUCAUUAGAGUCUGAUGAUUAUGAAUCUGCUGCUGAACAUGUUAAGAAGUUUCUAGAAAUUGAUUCCAAGUUUCGAGAUUCUUCUGGAACUUCUCAAAGAGAAGAGUUGAUUGGUUAUAAGAAACAGUUGGAAAGUAUUGUUAAAAAGAAGCUUCUUGCUGCUAUUGAUCAAAGGGAUCAUCCUUCUGUUGUUAGAUUCAUCCGCCUUUAUCCUCUUCUCGGUAUUGAAGAAGAAGGAUUACAGGUGUAUGUGAGUUACUUGAGAAAGGUAAUUUCAAUGAGGUCUAGGAUGGAGUUUGAUCAAUUAGUGGAGUUGAUGGAGAGUAGUUUUUCGACUAAUGGUAGUGGUAAUAAUUUGGUUAAUUUUGUUGCUUGUUUGACUAAUUUGUUUUCGGAUAUUGUGUUGGCGGUUGAAGAGAAUGAUGAGGUUUUGCAUAGUUUAUGUGGGGAAGAUGGGAUAGUUUACGCGAUAUGCGAGCUUCAAGAAGAGUGUGAUUCAAGGGGAUAUUUGAUAUUGAAAAAAUAUAUGGAGUAUAGGAAAUUGAUGAAAUUGACGGAAGAGAUUGUCUCUUUUAGCAAGAAUUUACUUUCAGUUGGGAGUGCAGAGGGUCCUGAUCCGAGGGAGGUGGAAUUGUAUUUGGAGGAGAUUUUAUCUCUUUCCCGGUUAGGUGAAGAUUACACAGCUUAUAUGUUGUCAAAGAUCAAAGGGCUGAGUUCUAUUGAUCCAGAGGUUGUUCCUCGAGCAACCAAGGCUUUUAGAAGUGGGAAUUUUAGUAAGGGCCUUCAUGAGAUUACUGAGUUUUAUGUCAUUUUGGAGGAAUUUUUCAUGGUGGAGAAUGUGAAAAAAGCUAUUAAGAUUGAUGAGCAUGUGUCCGAUAGCUUGACAACUUCCAUGGUGGAUGAUGUUUUCUAUGUAUUGCAAAGUUGUUGUCGAAGGGCCAUAUCCACUUCCAAAAGCAAGUCUGUGGUUACUGUUUUGGCAGGCGCUGCCAACUUGUUAAGCAAUGAGUAUCUUGAAGCUCUACAACAGAAGAUGAGGGAGCCCAACCUUGGUGCAAGGCUGUUUCUGGGAGGCGUUGGUGUUCAGAAAACUGGAACAGAAAUUGCUACAGCUUUGAAUAAUAUGGAUGUCAGUAGUGAAUAUAUCACUAAACUCUGGCAUGAAAUUGAGGAGCAAUGUACAGAGGUAUUCCCAGCACCAGCUGAUAGAGAGAAAGUAAAAUCUUGUCUGUCCAUGUUAGGAGAGGUGAGCAACAGUUUCAAGCAGGCAUUGAAUGCUGGCAUGGAACAACUUGUAGCUACUGUCACACCUCGGAUACGCCCAAUUUUGGACAAUGUAGCAACAAUUAGCUACGAGUUAUCUGAGGCUGAAUAUGCAGAUAACGAGGUUAAUGAUCCUUGGGUACAAAGGCUUCUUCAUGCCGUUGAAACUAAUGCAGCUUGGCUUCAGCCUGUAAUGACUGCCAACAAUUAUGACACCUUUGUCCAUCUCAUCAUUGAUUUCAUCACCAAGAGGCUUGAAGUCAUUAUGAUGCAGAAAAGGUUCAGUCAACUUGGAGGUUUACAACUCGACAGAGAUGCUAGGGCUUUGGUAAGUCAUUUCUCAAGCAUGACUCAACGAACUGUAAGGGAUAAAUUUGCUCGACUUACCCAAAUGGCAACAAUUCUAAACUUGGAAAAGGUCUCUGAAAUUUUGGAUUUCUGGGGGGAGAACUCGGGGCCAAUGACCUGGAGACUGACUCCUGCCGAGGUGAGAAGAGUGCUGGGUCUCAGAGUUGAUUUCAAGCCUGAAGCUAUAGCUGCUUUGAAACUGUAAUUUUUUUGUAGAUUUUAUGUUAAAUGUUCAUAUUUUCUUUUUUCCAUUUUUCCUUAUGAUAGUUCCCUUUUGAUGCUUGUAUGAGCACCUUUUAUGGGGAAGAAUAUAAUAACUCCUGAGCUGUACCAUUUACCAAGUUUCCCCCUUGGUUUCAUAAAAAAAACUUCUUAUUCAAGAGGUAC